CAUUCAUCCACAGGGAUGAAAACAAAGUCAUGCCGCCAUCCCCAGACGAACCUCCUCGGCGGCCUUUAGCACGCGCGCUGUGGCACUUCUCCCCGCAGUGGUUCCUCGUACCGCAAGGAACCGGCGUGCUGGCCAUCGUGCUUCACCAGCUGCACUACCAAUUCCACGGGCUGCGCAUCAUCGCUAAGAUCGUCUGGAUCUACACCAUCGCCUUCCUGGGCAUCGCACUGAUCCUCUACCUCCUCCGCUGCAUCCUCUACCCGCGCCAUGUCGGGCGCGAGGUGCGCAACAACAUUCUCGAGACCUCCUGCCUCUCCAGCAUCUCCGUCACCCUGACCUCCAUCUUCGAGAUGAUCGCCAUGCAAUAUAGCCACUCUGCCAGCCUCGCCGCCUACGUCCUCUGGUGGGUGACCACGGCCCUCGCAAUCAUCUUCCUGCUCGCGACCCCGUACAUCCAACUGAAGCUGCAGCCCCCGGGGCUAGCCCACAUUCCGCCCGCCAUUCUCCUCCCCGUAAUCGCAGCGCUCACCUCCGCCGCCGGUGGAGGCGGCAUCUGCAUGGCGGCAUCAGCACACCUCAGCCACCGACUCUGCGUCCCGGCCGUCGUGGUCUCGUUCUUUGAAAUUGGCGUCGGCAUGCCCCUCGCGAUCGCAUUCACUGCCGUCGUCCUCCUCGAACACUUCAAGCGCAAGUCGGCACCUGACAAGGUCUACCAGGACCUGAUCAUCUGCGGACCGUUUGCGCAGGGCGGGUUCGCGCUGAUGGCGCUGGGGGAGGUGGUGCUGAAUGGGUCGUUCGCGGACUACGACCGGGGCAUGUUCUUGAGCAGUAAGGCGGCCACGCCGGUGGGGUAUUUCAGUGUGUUUGCGGGUGUGCUAUCCUGGGGGUUUGGCACGUUUUGGUGGCUGUUUGGGUUGAUAAGUGUGGUGCAUACGCUUGUUGCGCAGGAGGGGGGAAUUAAGGAGACGAAGUUUACUAUGACUGUUUGGUCGGUGGUUUUUCCUUGGGGCGUAUAUGCAAACUCGGCCAUCGAGCUGGGCAAACUCAUGGAGUCCCCAGCGUUCUACGUGUGGUCUACAGUGCUGGUGAUCCUCAUGGUGGUGAUUACUAUUAUUGUCACUCUGCUCACCAUCAAAGGAUUGAUCACUGGAAAGGUGGUGGGUCUGGAACAUGGAUGGCGGACUACGCCGUUGGAUAUGAAUGGGGAUGCAAACCGGUAUAAGGAGGCAUGAUUGUAUACUAUAGCAUGUUUGUACAGUGCACGUAGAAUAGACUGUC